GCCAAAUCCGUGUGCAUGGUUUUAGAGUUCACAGCGCGCCUCCUCCGUCCAAUCAGUGAUGUGAAGUCAGCUGAGCCUGUGCCGGACUUGUUUGGAUCCUGAUCUCGGUGCCACACUGUGCGUAAAGAUCUACCUGUCAGAUGCAGCUGCGGUGCCAUGGCGGGCACAGCUCCGCGGGCAAAGUCCGUCCCCCUCGCACGCGCGGAAUAACUUCCUUUUUCCACGGAUGCCAUAUGUUAGGCUAAACGUUGCGAUACGAUGGCAGUUUACCCAAACUGAUAACGUGAAGUAGGAAGGAGGGUCUCAGUCGAGUCAGUUUGCGUCGAGGAAGGAUGCUGAGCAAAGCUGCGAGAGGAUUUGACACCACAGCUAUCAGCCCGCCAAACCUUUUUUGGACCUCCUCCUCUGAUUGCCCAGACGUUUGAGCGUGUCAUCAUGGAGAGCCUCAGCGAGCUCCAGAACCCCCUGCUCGACAAAACCAGCAAACAUGUGGUGCACAACGACUACCAGGGAUACCAGUGCGACUACCAGAGCCAGCCUUACCAGGACAGCCUCAUCGGCUACUACUACACUGGAACAAACAGCAAGCAUAAGACUCAGCAGUACCUGGAUGCUACGUCCCUGCACCUGGCUGUGGAAGCCUUCUACAGGCCAAACUUUAUCAUGUACAAGGAUGAUGUGAGUCUGCACAGCAAGGACUCCAAGAGUGAGAGCUUUGAGACCACGUUCACAGAGAGUAAGGACGCUGUAGUGGGCGGAGUUUCGACGGAAAACAAUCCGGACAGCACACAAGAAGAGAAGGAUGCAAAGAUCUUGACGGUGUCAUAUGAUGUUGAGGAGGAGCAGGGACCAGAAUACGAGAGUGACAGCUCCAGUGACAGUGAGAGCGAGGACAACUUCAUCGUGCUGCCCCCUCGAGACUAUCUGGGCCUUGCCAUCUUCUCCAUGCUCUGCUGCUUCUGGCCCUUGGGCAUCGUUGCCUUUUACUACUCUCACAAGACUGGCAAGGCCAUCUCUAAGGGAGACUUCUCCAGAGCAGGAAUGAGCUCCAGAAGAGCCCUUUUCCUGGCCGCUCUCUCCAUCACAGUCGGGACUGGGAUGUAUGUGGGGGUGGUGGUGGCCCUCAUAGCCUACCUGUCCAAACCCGGACACGUAUAACGCUGGAGCUGCUCAGAAAGACGGGGAAGAAACAGACUGGGUUGAACAGAUGUCUUCAACUCUCCUGACAGUGGGGGCUGUCUGCAAAAAGAAAAAGACCAAACCAGAAAGAGAGAUGAGUGGAUGGAGCAUCACUUGGACUGCAUAUUGAUCCGGCUGAAUCUUUAUUUCUGGGAUGAAACACUCCCACAAAGGUAUUCCACCACCACAGUGAGAAAAAAGAACAGACAGUGCAGAGAAAGAUGACUGCUCUUCCACAAAGACUGUGCUAUACUACUAUGAAAAAACUGCUCAUUAAAUUGAAGAACUACCUACCUUCUACCAUAGUUGUUGACAGGAGUUUUAUUUUACCUUAAUAGUAGCUGUAUUCUCUGUCAAUGCGAUAACUGAUUGUGUCUAAUCCACUUUGUAAAUGAGUUUCUUGGGGAAAAAAACAGUCAGCUAGUGGGUUUUUGUGUAAUUACUUUAAAAGGAAUAAUUUGGUUGGUUAACAGAAGUGGAGCCUUUUUUGGCGAUUCUCACAUUGUACACAAAAGUGCACAGCAAUUGUGAGAGCAGUUACUUGUCUUUAUUGUGUACUGUAAAUAAAGUAAAUAAA